AUGUCCUUCCAUCCUCAGACUCCACAGAGUCCCUCUCAGUUUUCCCCGAUGAUGACCGACCCUCAGUCUGCAUCAUCCUCAUCGGUCGCCAAUACGAUCAAUACCAACGGGGCCUCUUUCGCCUCCACUGCCACGGCAUCAACUUUACCGACUCCUGCUCAUAGCGUAAACGGUUGCAACUUCGGUGCGGUCGACGUCGCACACGACAUGUCUACAGAUGAUUCUCCGCAAAAACGGAAGCGCGCGUUCGCUGAUUCUGGGAGCCAACACCCGAAGAAAGUCCACAUGGAGGGUCAGCAGAGGCUAGACUUUGAAGCCUUGCAUCAAGAUGUGGGCGAGAAGUAUCUCGUGGGCAAAAAGGCUCAUACACCAUCUUUUCCACCAUUAUCGGAGGAUCUAUUUUCGAUGUUCGGCUUGUCAGGGAUCGCUGCAGAAGUAGCUAGGACUUUACCGAAUGGCGAAAAGAACGCGAUGCGGAAAACGUACAAGGGUUAUAUGAAGAAGCUAGGCGUGUCGGGCCACUUCGAGCCGGUGAAGAGGGAAGACGGUGACGAGAGCGACUUCUUGCGAAUGCUCAGCGAAGCUGAAGACUCAUGGCAAGCCCGCCAGGUCAAGACGAAGGAGAUCCAAUACGGCUUUGCCGACGAUGUCACAGCGGAUUUGCGGCUGGCUUUCACUAUGAACAAAGGUCCCAUGCCGAAAGCAAUUUGGGACAGUUCCGUUUUGGGCGAUCUGGCUCCAGAUAAACUUGCAUCCAUUGGCACGAGACCGUCAUCUGUCCGGGGCACAACCCCGAGCACGCCCCUCCACCCAGCCGUUGCGCGGUCUAAGACCCAGCAGCCAUCAUUUCAGCAAAUGGGCCCGGGAGGCCCAGAUGCUUCGCGACCUCGUCGGGUUAGCAAGAAGCGGAGCUAUGGCGAUAAUAGCUUUGAGGGUUAUGGCGAGGGAUUUCCUGAUGACGAUCUUGUAGAUGGAUACUCGACUGGCGACGGCGACGGCCCAAGCCACAAACGACGGAAAAAGGUGCUUAUCGGCGCUUCUUGCCGCGAAGAGCCUUUUGCUAACCCUCUUUUCCUGCAGGCCGCUACGUCUACAUCACAAUACCCACCUGCCCCUGUCCGCCAACAAAGUUAUGGUCCUGGCAUGGUUGGUGCGUAG